AAUCCCCAUCACCCAGCGGUGUCUCCAUGAAGAGUGCUGUGUCUAUGGAGCCUCCUGAGAAUUUUAGUGGUGGAGUUUCAUCACCUCUACACAGGAACGACCCAGCUAUUAAAGAAUUCCAGAAAAAGUUCAAAUUAAAUCUGAUGAAAAAGUUUCAGUGUGUGAAUGGAGUGAUGAUGAACCUGGGAACCCAAACACUCCUGAAUGAGAUCUACACAGAGCUCUACAUCACAGAGGGAGACAGUGGAGAAGUCAAUAAAGAACAUGAGGUGAGACAGAUCGAGGCAGCAUCUAGGAGAACAACAACAGAGGAAACACCAAUCCAAUGCAAUGACAUCUUUAAGCCCUUAUCUGAACAAGACAAACCCAUCAGAUCUGUGCUGACAAAGGGAGUCGCUGGCAUCGGAAAAACUGUCUCUGUGCAGAAGUUCAUUCUGGACUGGGCUGAAGGGAAAACAAAUCAGGACCUCCACCUCAUAUUUCCACUUCCUUUCAGAGAGCUGAAUUUGAUGAAGGACCAGAAACUGAGUCUGAUGGAGCUCCUUCGUGUCUUUUUUAAAGAAACAAAAGAAACCGAAAUGUACAGUUUGGCAAAUGUUCUGUUUAUUUUUGAUGGAUUGGACGAGUGUCGUUUUCCUCUAAAUUUCCAGAACACAGUGAGAGUGUGUGAUGUAACUGAAUCUGUAUCAGUGCCUGUGCUGCUGAUAAACCUGAUCAAAGGGAAUCUGCUUCCCUCUGCUCUUAUCUGGAUCACUUCCCGACCAGCAGCAGCUGAUCAAAUCCCCUCUGAGUGUGUCCAUCGAGUCACAGAGGUACGAGGGUUCAAUGACCCACAGAAGGAGGAGUACUUCAGGAAGAGGAUCAGUGAUCAGAGCCUGGCCGAUAACAUCAUCACACACCUGAAGUCAUUAAGAAGCCUCUACAUCAUGUGUCACAUCCCAGUCUUCUGCUGGAUUUCAGCCGCUGUUCUAGAGAGAAUGUUGUGUGAAGCAGAGAGUGGAGAGAUCCCCAAGACUCUGACUCAAAUGUACACACACUUCCUCAUUAUUCAGAUAAACAUCAUAAGAGAAAAGUACUCAAAGAAGCAGGAAAGUGAUGAAGAAAUGCUUCUUAAACUGGGACAACUGGCUUUUGAGCAGCUGAAGAAAGGGAACCUGAUCUUCUAUGAGGAAGACCUGAGAGAGUGUGGCAUUGAUGUGAGAGAAGCAGCAGUGUACUCAGGUGUGUGUACGCAAAUGUUCAAAGAAGAGUUUGGGCUUCACCAGAGUAAAGUGUACUGCUUUGUUCAUCUGAGUAUUCAGGAACACCUCGCAGCUCUGUAUGUGCACCAGAUGUUCAUGAUGAAAAAGAAAAACACUCUCGAACAAAAUUUGCACACUCAAUGGAGGGCAAAAGUAACGGCAAUCUCAAGUGUCCACAAGUGUGCUGUAGAUGAAGCUUUAAAAAGUCAGACUGGACAUCUGGAUCUUUUCCUUCGCUUUCUCGUGGGUCUCUCACUGGAGCGCAAUCAGAAACUCCUACAGACCUUAGGAACAAAUACAGGAAGUAACUCCCUGAAUAUAAAGCGUUCAGUUCAGUACAUUAAAACGAAGACCAAAGAAGAUCUUCCUCCAGAGAAAUCCAUCAAUCUGUUCCACUGUCUGAAUGAACUGGAUGAUGAUUCUCUAGUAAAGGAAAUCCAACGCUACCUGCAAUCUGGAAAACGACGUAAACUCUCUUCUUCACAGUGGUCUGCUCUGGUGUUUGUGUUACUGACAUCAGCACAGGAGCUGGAAGAGUUUGACCUGAGUAAAUAUACCAGUGAAGAUAAAAUAACAGAAUCUCUUCUUUUGAAGGUGAUGCCUGUGAUUGCAGCAUCCAGAAAAUCUAUAAUCAGUUGUGGUUCAGUUGGAGUGAACGGUGUGUCAGCUCUGGUGUCACUGUUCAGCUCAGAAUCCUCAGGACUGAGAGAAGUGCAUCUGACCCUGGAAACACUCGAUCUGUCCAGGAAUAAAGUGGAAGACUCAGUAGUGAAGGAUCUCUCUGUUGUACUGGCGAAUCCUCACUUUAAAGUGGAGAAUCUGAGGUUGCAUGGUUGUGGUGUCUCAGAUGAAGGCUGUGCUGCUCUGAUUUCAUCUCUGAGAUCAAACCCCUCACACCUGAGAGACCUGGAUCUGUCGAAGAAUAAUGUAGGAGACUCAGGAAUGAAGUCUUUUUCCACUGUACUGGAGAAUCCUCUCUGUAAACCGGAGAUACUGUGGUUGGAGUCGUGUGGUGUCUCAGAUGAAGGUUGUGCUGCUCUGACUUCAGGUCUGAGAUCAAACCCCUCACACCUGAGAGAACUGAAUCUGUCCUAUAAUCAUGUAGGAGACUCAGGAGUAAAGUGUCUCUCUGCUCUACUGGAGAAUCCUCUCUGUAAACUGGAGAUACUGAGGUUGCAGUCUUGUGUCUCAGAUGAAGGCUGUGCUGCUCUGACUUCAGCUCUGAGAUCAAACCUCUCACACCUGAGAGACCUGGAUCUGUCCUAUAAUCAUGUAGGAGACUCAGGAGUGAAGUGUCUCUCUGCUGUACUGGAGAAUCCUCUCUGUAAACUGGAGACACUGAGGUUGGAGCGUUGUGGUGUAUCAGAUGAAGGCUGUGCUGCUCUGAAUUCAGCUCUGAGAUUAAAACUCUCAGACCUGAGAGACCUGGAUCUGUCAGGGAAUAAACUAGGAGACUCAGACGUGAAGUGUCUCUCUGUUCUACUGGAGAAUCCUCACUGUAAACUGGAGACACUGUGGUUGUAUAAUUGUGGUGUCUCAGAUGAAGGCUGUGCUGCUAUGACUUCAGCUCUGACAUCAAACCCCUCACACCUGAGAGACCUGGAUCUGUCCUGUAAUGACGUAGGAGACUCAGGAGUGAAGUGUCUCUCUGAUCUACUGGAAAAUCCUCUCUGUAAACUGGAGAGACUGAGGUUGUAUAAUUGUGGUGUCUCAGAUGAAGGCUGUGCUGCUCUGACUUCAGCUCUGAGAUCAAACCCCUCACACCUGAGAGACCUGGAUCUGUCCUGUAAUGAUGUAGGAAACUCAGGAGUGAUGUGUCUCUUUGCUGUACUGCAGAAUCCUCACUUUAAACUGGCGAGACUGAAGUUGUGUGAGUGUGGUGUCUCAGGUGAAGGCUGUGCUGCUCUGACUUCAGCUCUGAGAUCAAACCCCUCACACCUGAGAGUCCUGGAUCUGUCCUGUAAUGAUGUAGGAGACUCAGGAGUGAAGUGUCUCUCUGCUGUACUGGAGAAUCCUCUCUGUAAACUGGAGAGACUGAAGUUGUAUAAGUGUAAAGUCUCAGAUGAAGGCUGUGCUGCUCUGACUUCAGCUCUGAGAUCAAACCCCUCACACCUGAGAGACCUGGAUCUGUCCUGUAAUGAUGUAGGAGACUCAGGAGUAAAGUGUCUCUCUGCUCUACUGGAGAAUCCGCUCUGUAAACUGGAGAGACUGAAUUUGUAUGAGUGUGGUGUCCCAGAUGAAGGCUGUGCUGCUCUGACUUCAGCUCUGAGAUCAAACCCCUCACACCUGAGAGACCUGAAUCUGUCCUAUAAUAAUGUAGGAGACUCAGGAGUGAAGUGUCUCUUUGCUGUACUGGAGAAUCCUCUCUGUAAACUGGAGACACUGAGGUUGCAGUGGUGUAAAGUCUCAGGUGAAGGCUGUACUGCUCUGACUUCAGCUCUGAGAUCAAACCCCUCACACCUGAGAGACCUGGAUCUGUCCUGUAAUGAUGUAGGAGACUCAGGAGUGAAGCGUCUCUCUGCUCUACUGGAGAAUCCUCUCUGUAAACUGGAGAGUCUGAAGUUGGAGCGUUGUGGUGUCUCAGAUGAAGGCUGUGCUGCUCUGACUUCAGCUCUGAGAUCAAACCCCUCACACCUGAGAGACCUGGAUCUGUCCUUUAAUGAUGUAGAGGACUCAGGAGUGAAGUGUCUCUCUGAUCUUAAGGAUGAUGAACAUUACAAACUACAGACACUGAUUUUCCAUCGAUGAUGAACAUCUGUGUCAGUGUGAUGAAGACUCUGGUGUUCCUGUAUUUCCAUGUUGAAGAACAUUUAGGAGAUAUAACACAUUAAACAGACUCCAGAAACAUGAGUGUAUAAGUGUAUAAUGGUCUCUGAUCCCUGGAUUAGAUUCCCAGACCUCAAUCCCAUAAAACACCUGGAAGAUUAUCUGGAACAGCAUGUCAAAAACCACAUUAUCUUCAACUGGACUGAAUAUGAACAUGUAUUGUUGUUCUCACAAGGAUUUUUCCCGAAUAACUCACAGCUGGAUGGAGCAUUGUGUGUUCAUGAGGUAAUAUGGGGUCUGGGGGUUUUGUGCAUUAAAAUACAGUGAAGUCAGUUAAAGGCAUCAAUGCACAGAGAGAUGUACAGUAGUUGGAAUGUUCAACUUGAGACAGCUGGGAUAAGUGUUAAGAAGAAGCUACUACCACUUGCUGGUUAUUUUUUGAUUGUACAUUUAAAAAUACCCCCUUUACCAAUAAAAUUAAUUUUACACAGGUGAUUAAAGUAAAGUAUUACAUUUCCUGCUGUUUCAGGUGCAACUUCCUUCAUAUUUUGUAUGUGGAUGUUGAGGGCAGGGGUAGCUCAGUGGUUAAGGCAUUAGACUACUGUUCGGAAGAUCCCAGGUUCAAACCCCACAACCACCAAGUUGCCACUGUUGGGCCCUUGAGCAAGGCCCUUACCCUUAACUGCUCAAAUGUAUAAUGAGAUAAAAAAAAAUGUAAGUCGCUCUGGAUAAGAGCGUCUGCUAAAUGUAAAUGUAAAUGAAUAUGUGUACAUAGAAAUAUCUGAUCAGGGAUUAGAUCUGUAAUAAAAGACCUACUGGAUUCUGAUUAAUGCUUGUAAAGUGCCUGGGAUGUUACUAAAAUCAACACAUUUUGAGCGGACAAUAUGCUCUGAACAAAUACAGAAAUAGAAGCUUUUUAUCAUACUGCAGAAUUGUUUUGCCCACACAGAUCAAACAUUGAGCGCAGUGGAGCACAUCAUUGCUUAGUGUCUCCUAUCGGUCUAUCUAUCUAUCCAUCCAUCCAUCCGUAAUCAAAUUUUACAUUCCCAAACUUCCAAAUUAAUUACAUUUUUUGUCAUUUUUCAUCAUUCUGAAAUCUCACUGCAAUUAAAUUAUUU